CGGCCAUUGAUGCUAUUGUGCUUGAUGCUAUUGUGCCAGGGAAAUUUUUUGAUCGAAUCUUUUUAAUCAUAUUUGAAAAUACUGACUAUGUAAAAGCAAUACAACAACCUUAUUUGCAAGACUUGAUGAAUCGUUCAAAUGGGCUUCUGCUUUCUAAUUAUUACGCAAUUACGCAUCCGUCACUCCCCAACUACAUUGCAACGGUUUUUGGAUCAACUGCUGGCGUUACUGACGAUAAUGCCUACAAUAUUUCUGGUGCGAAUAUAGUUGACCUUCUUGAGGCUAAAAGAAUCACUUGGAAAGCUUAUAUGGAAAAUUACCCCAGUAACAGUUUCACAGGUGAUUUUGCUCCUCCAGGCACAGUUCUUUAUGCAAGAAAACAUAAUCCUUUCAUUUCAAUGGUAGACAUAAGUUCUGAUCCCUCUCGUUGUGAAAAAAUUGUUCCUGACUCCCAACUUGAUGUGGAUAUAAACGCAAAUCGAGUACCUCAAUUUGCCUAUUAUGUUCCAAAUGAAAAUAAUGAUGGUCAUGAUACUGGUAUAGAAUUUGCGAUGAAUUGGUUUCAAAGUUGGUUUGAGCCAAAACUUCAGAAUCCAGCCUUUACAACAAAUACAUUGUUUUUCAUCACUUUUGAUGAAGACGCAUAUGGCGGUAACAAUCAUAUUUUCACCGGUCUUUUCGGCUGUCCCGUCCAACCCCCAGAUAAUCAUCUCGAUGAUACCUCAUACAAUCAUUACUCAUUCUUGAGUACUGUAGAGGAAAAUUGGAAUUUAGGAAAUUUAGGCAGAAAUGAUGUUGAUGCAACGCCAUUUAUUAAAUAUCUGCAACAUCCUUAA